AUGAGAGAUCUCACAGAUCCAGUGAUAUUAAAGAAGCUAAAGGAUAAAGGAAUUACUGUAAUUGAAUUGCCACAAGAAGAGAAAGACUCACAAAUAGAAGACAAUUCUAAUAAAGGACUGAUUUCAAGUGGGAAUUCUCAAGAAAGGUCUUCAAUCAUUAAAACUGCUAAGGAUACCCUUCCGAACACAUUGUACACUGCAUCUGGUGAUGAUACUUAUCUCAUUAAAGCCAUUGAGGAGGAUAAUAUUGUUGAUGUUAAAUUGCUACUAGAGAAAGGAUGUGAUCCUAAUAUUACUAAAUUUGGUGAUAGUGCUCUUGUUAUACACAUCAAGAAAGGUAACUGCAAUAUUGAUAUUGUUCAGUUGUUACUAGAAAAAGGAGCUGAUCCUGAUAUUGGCUUUGAUACAUAUACUGGUACUUCAUUACACUGUGCUAGUGGAACUGGCAAUGCUCAACUUGUCAAAUUAUUAAUUAAUAAAGGAAAUGCUGAUGUGAAUGCUAUGGAUAUGAGGAGCCGAACUCCAUUGUUUAAUGCUGUUAAGAGUGGUAGUGUUGAAGUUGUUGAUAUUUUAUUAACUAAUGGAGCUAGAACUGACAUUUUGGCUAAAUUUUAUGGUACUCCAUUACACUAUGCUUGUGGAGCUGGUAAUGCUGAAAUUAUCAAAUUAUUGAUUGCUAAAAGAAAUGCUGAUGUGAAUGCUGUGGAUGGAUCUGGCAACAUUCCUCUGCUAUUAGCUGCUGAAACUGGAAAAGUGGAUAUUACUGAGUUAGUGAUUACUAAAGGUCAAGCUGAUGUGACUGCUGCUGCUUGUAAAAAUUUUGGUAUUGCUCCUGAGCUAUCUAACUUUGAAAUUGCCAAGUCAUUGAUCACUAAAAAACAAAUGAUAAAAGAAGAUGACCCUGCAGAUCCAGAAUUACAUGCAAUAGAGAAAGUUACAGUACAUUCAAAUCAGUAG